UUUCUUUCUUGAGCGUGAAGGACUUCUCCGGGCUCCCACGCCGUCCCUGCAGAGAGCGUUCAGCGGCGACUCCCACAUACUUCGGUCCGGCUUCCUUUCGGGGUGUCCGCAGCAGCACCCCGCGGGGCCCCGGGCCCGCCAUGGCGGCGUCGGCGCAGGUGCUCACCCAGGAGCUGCAGAUCUUCGGCCUUGACUGGGAGGAGGCUGUGCCCGAGAGACUGGCGGAGCUUUGCGUCCUGUACGGACAGGCUGAGGAGGACAUGGUGAGCGAGCUCGUCGCCUUCUGCACCAGCACGCAUAAGAUGAACAUCACCUCGGAGACCCUCGGGGCCUUCGAGCACGAGUUUCUGAGCAAAAGGUUGUCCAAAGCCAGAGCCCGGCAGGGGCCCCCCAGGGACAGCGAGCACGCAGGGGCCAGGGACAUCGUGUCCAUCCAGGAGCUAAUUGAGGUGGAGGAGGAAGAGGAGAGCCUGCUGAACGCGUACACCACGCCCUCCAAGGGCUCUCAGAAGCGAGCUAUCACAACCCCGGAAACGCCCCUGACCAAGAGGACCCUGGCUACUCGGAGCCCCCAUCAGCUCCUCUCCCCAUCCAGCUUCUCGCCAAGCGCCACACCCUCUCAGAAAUACAGCUCACGGAACAACCAGGGGGAAGUGGUCGCCUCCUUUGGCUCCGUCCAGGGCGUGUCUUGGUCUGGAAAAGGAGGUGCCGGAAACAUGAGCCUGAAGGUCCUUGGGUACCCCGAGCCUCUCACCGGGAGCUACAAGUCCAUGUUCCAGAAGCUCCCCGACAUUCGAGAAGUUUUGACCUGCAAGAUUGAAGAGCUCGGCAGUGAACUCAAGGAACACUACAAGAUUGAGGCCUUUACUCCUCUCCUCGUCCCGGCACAAGAGCCUGUCACUCUGCUGGGACAGAUCGGCUGUGACAGCAAUGGGAAGCUAAACAGCAAGUCCGUGAUUCUGGAGGGAGACCGAGAACAUUCCUCCGGCGCUCAAAUCCCUGUGGAUUUAUCAGAGUUGAAAGAAUAUUCUCUGUUUCCUGGACAGGUUGUGGUUAUGGAAGGAACCAACACCACUGGCAGGAAGCUUGUUGCCACCAAGCUGUACGAGGGUGUGCCACUUCCGUUCUACCAGCCCUCAGAAGAGGAUGGAGAUUUUGAACAGAGCAUGGUGCUGGCUGCCUGUGGGCCGUACACCACGUCUGACAGCAUCACGUAUGAGCCCCUCCUCGAUCUGAUCAGCGUCAUCAACCGGGACCGGCCAGAUGUGUGCAUACUGUUGGGUCCGUUCCUGGAUGCCAAGCAUGAACAGGUGGAGAACUGUCUCCUGACAAGUCCGUUUGAAGAUGUCUUCAAACAGUGUCUCCGUACAAUCAUCGAAGGAACGAGAAGCUCUGGCUCCCACCUCGUCUUUGUGCCAUCACUCCGGGACGUGCACCAUGAGCCCGUGUACCCACAACCGCCCUUCAGCUACUCGGAGCUGUCUCAGGAGGACAAAAAGCGCGUGCAGUUCGUGUCGGAGCCCUGCAGCCUCUCCGUCAACGGCGUGAUCUUCGGCUUGACGUCCACCGACCUGCUGUUCCACAUGGGGGCUGAGGAGAUCAGUAGUUCUUCCGGAACUUCAGACAGAUUCAGCCGGAUCCUCAAGCACAUCCUGACCCAGCGGAGCUACUACCCACUCUACCCUCCCCAGGAGGACACGGCCAUCGACUAUGAGAACUUCUACACCUACGCUCAGCUGCCCGUCACCCCAGAUGUCUUCAUUGUCCCCUCAGAGCUGAGGUACUUCGUGAAGGACGUCCUCGGCUGCGUGUGUGUGAACCCCGGGCGCCUCACCAAGGGCCAAGUGGGAGGUACCUACGGCCGCCUCUACCUCAGGAGGCCGCCAGUGGAUGGCGAGGGCAGGCGGGGCCCUUGUGCCGCUGCCCAGGUGGUCAGGAUCUGAGACCCCAGCUAUUUCCUUUGCCCCUGGCACGGCCCACACAGGUGCCCGUCAGAUUGAACUUUUCCUCCAGAAGCAGCUCUGGCUUUGAAGUGGACAUGCGAUGUCCAGAAGUGGACGGCUGUGGCGUGGCCGAAACAGUCCAGAAGGUUCUGUGAUCGUCUGUGUGAAUCAGCCACCCGCAUAGCUGGAGCAUGAAUAACAGGGAAUUCUGGGUGAUUCUGA